AAAUAAAAAUAUAUUAAAACAGUGUUAUGGGAACUGAAAGGGAUAAUAUACUACCCCCAAAUAUGCCAUUUUGGCAUGGGGAUUAUUUUCAAUUGAAGAUAAUUGAGAAACAGAAGACUCAGCCUAAAAGCAGAGCUUAAUCUUUUUUUUCUUCUUCCUAUAAACGGAGUGGGAACCCGAGUAAUGUUUUCUCUUGCGGUUCUGGCCAGCUCUGCACUUGGUGCUUUUGUUUGAUGUGAUGCUAGGCUGUGAUAGCUCCGGAGCAGCGGGGCUUGUGGAAUUUAGGAGGGGAGAGGGUGUUGAGAGUAAAGAGGGGCUGAGGCCUGCUUGGGGCUGGAGGGGAAGGGGGCUGAGGCCGAGCGUAAACCAAGGGGUUGGGCCGGGCAUGCGGGCGCGCCUGCGGGGCUUCCCCCUCGCGCCCCCCUUGCCGGUGCCUUUCUCACGCCGGGGGGGCGCGGCCUGCCACCUGCCAGUGGGCGUGGCCACACUCUGGGGCGUGGCCAACCAGACAGCGCCCUGCUUGUUGGGGGCGGGGCUAGCGCGGAGGGGCGGGGCCCGUGGAACCUCAGAACCCGGCCACUCGCGGCGGGCGCGGGUGUCCCGGCGCGGGGUUCCUCCCACGCAGCAUCCCAUUCAAAAGAUGCCGAAGGGGCGGCGCGGCCGCCAGAGCCCCACGAUGAGCCAGCGGCCGGCCCCGCCCCUCUACUUCCCGUCCCUCUAUGACCACGGCAUCUCCACGUCCCCGCUCAGCGACUUCAAUAUCUGGAAGAAGCUCUUCGUGCCGCUGAAGGCGAGCGGGGCGGCGGCGGGGGGCCGGCCCCUGCCGCAGGCGCCCCCGGCGGCGCCGAUGCCCCUGCCGCCGCCCCCGGGCCUGGGCCUGCCCAGCGAGCGCCCCUGCCCCCCGCCCUGGCCCGCUGGCCUGGCCUCCAUCCCCUACGAGCCGCUGCGCUUCUUCUACUCGCCGCCGCCGGGGCCCGAGGGGGCCGCCGCCUCGCCUCUGGUCCCGGGCCCCACGGCCUCCCGGCUGGCCUCCGCCUCCCACCCCGAGGAGCUGUGCGAACUGGAGAUCCGGAUUAAGGAGCUGGAGCUGCUCACCAUCACUGGCGAUGGCUUCGACUCCCAGCGCUAUAAGUUCUUGAAGGCGCUGAAAGAUGAGAAGUUACAAGGACUGAAGACCAGACAGCCUGGAAAGAAGUCAGCCUCUUUCUCCUGAGGAGCUGCCCACCAGAGCCUGGGUAGCCACCUUCUUAGGUGUUAGUGCUUAGAUAAUGUGUCCUGUUUGUUGUCAUUUCAAAAAUGGUUAUUUUCUGUUCUGUAUUUACUGCCGUUCUUGUUGCUCCCAGCACGCGCUCCACAUACAGUGCCCACGUACAGGGUGAAUUUCA